AAGGAAAUGUAAAUACGAACGUAAGCGGUAAAAUUCAGAUAUUGAAAGGCGGGCCUUAGCCGUAUUGUGGCCCCCCACAGACCUUAUGAUUUUUAUAAAUAAUAUAUAGAUUAUCUCUCAGUCUUGUUGCCAACACACGCGAUCGACUUCCCCUUCCGGACUUACGUUCAUCAUUUGGAGGUUUCCUUCUUCAUCUCUAUCCCAUCCAUCCUUUGCUCCUUUCUCCCAUGGAUCCCUACAAGGUAUUCCCAUCAAUUUAUCAUUGUUUUCUAUUCUUUAUUUUUUUAGUUUGUUUCUGUUCAUUCUUUUUUUGGGAAACGUUGCGAUGUGAUUCAUGUUUUAUUGUUUGGAAUUAGAGUUGGGAAUUAGGGAUUCAACGAUUAGCUAGAGCAUGGACUUUUUAAGUUUUUGUUGAGCUGGGUUAUGGCCUCUUAAAGCGACCCCACUUUUCCAUCAUUUUCUUGGAAUAUCCAGGAGUUUUCCUUAUAAGAAAUUAAUUAAAUUGGAAUUUAUCGAUUUGUUUGUUUGGACGUGUUAAUGAAUACGAGAUUAUGGGUUUUGUAUGUUCCGGUUAGAGAAUGAUGAAAGAUUGAAUUUUGGUGAAUCCGAUGUUUGUCCCUUCGCCUUCUCUUCUUUUGUUCCUCUGUUGGUUUAUGGCGGAAGACAAGUUUAUUGUAAUUUCUGCGUCUAUGGAGGACUCUGAUAUGAUGAGUGUGUGUAUUUUGAGUAAUAAAUGAUGAAAGAUAUUGAAUUUACGGUUUGGUUGGGGUGCAGCACCGGCCAUCUAGUGCUUACAAUUCACCAUUCUGGACCACCAACUCUGGGGCCCCUGUAUGGAACAAUAACUCCUCUCUUACUGUUGGAACCAGAGGUAAUUUGUUCCUCCUCUUGCUUCUUUGUGUGGUUUAUUUAUUCUUCCACAUGAUAUUUGUAGUUGUUAGCCGAGUUUUUUAAUUUUUAAUCUGUGAAUGAAACAUCUGGAAAAUGGGAAAUAAUUCAUUUGUCAUUGAUGUAUGUAUUUUUAGUUUUUUAAUCUUUUCAAAGUGUAAAUGAAGACUUGUGCUCUCACAAAGCCUGGAGAAUGGUUUACAUGGCCGACCCCAUAUAAUGGGAGACAAGCGUAAUUGUGAUGUUGCACUUGCUCAAAUUUUAAAGGCACUGUGCAUCAAACUCAAGUAGUUGUGUUGAUAUGUUGUGGUUUGGAUUUUUCUAUCUAUUGAGAUUUUGAUGUGCUUUAUUCCAUUUUUUUCUUCUUAUUCAGGUCCCAUUCUCCUUGAGGAUUAUCACUUGGUGGAGAAGCUUGCUAACUUUGACCGUGAACGGAUUCCAGAGCGUGUAGUUCAUGCCAGAGGUGCCAGUGCUAAGGGCUUCUUUGAGGUCACUCAUGAUAUUUCCAAUCUCACUUGUGCUGAUUUCCUUCGUGCUCCUGGAGUUCAGACACCUGUUAUUGUUCGAUUCUCAACUGUUAUCCAUGAGCGUGGAAGCCCUGAAACCCUCAGGGACCCCAGAGGUUUUGCUGUCAAAUUUUACACUCGGGAGGGUAAUUUUGAUCUGGUUGGCAACAAUUUCCCUGUUUUCUUCAUUCGUGAUGGAAUGAAAUUCCCCGAUAUGGUACAUGCACUGAAGCCCAAUCCCAAGUCUCACAUUCAAGAGAAUUGGAGAAUCCUCGACUUUUUCUCUCAUCAUCCUGAGAGCUUGCAUAUGUUUACAUUCUUGUUUGAUGAUUUGGGUGUCCCACAAGAUUAUAGGCAUAUGGAAGGCUCUGGUGUCAAUACCUAUACCUUGAUAAACAAGGCUGGAAAAGUUCAUUAUGUGAAGUUUCACUGGAAACCAACAUGUGGAGUGAAGUGCUUGCUGGAGGAUGAAGCCAUCAAAGUUGGAGGGUCAAAUCAUAGUCAUGCUACCCAGGAUCUCUAUGAUUCCAUUGCUGCUGGAAACUAUCCUGAGUGGAAACUCUUUAUCCAGAUCAUUGAUCCUGAUCAUGAGGACAGGUUCGACUUUGACCCUCUUGAUGUUACCAAAACCUGGCCUGAGGAUAUUUUGCCUCUGCAACCAGUGGGUCGCUUGGUAUUGAACAAGAACAUCGACAACUUUUUUGCCGAAAAUGAGCAACUUGCUUUCUGCCCUGCCAUUAUUGUUCCUGGUGUAUACUAUUCAGAUGACAAACUACUUCAGACUCGAAUCUUCUCGUAUGCUGAUACCCAGCGCCACCGUCUCGGGCCAAACUAUCUGCAGCUCCCAGCAAAUGCACCCAAGUGCGCUCAUCACAACAAUCAUCAUGAAGGUUUCAUGAAUUUCAUGCACAGGGAUGAAGAGGUAAUAUUUUCCUUAAUUUCGUAAUGAGAAAGCAUUAUGCUACGCAGUCAUUACGCUGAUUAUUUUCCUUCUUAAAAGGUUAUAUCUUAUUGGUGGUAAACAUAUGCUCUUCAUCUUUGCCUGUAUUUCCCUUUGAAUGGACAUAUAACUGCUAGAAACUUCCCUAGGAGAAAAGUAUUUUGAUUACAACUUACCUGUGGUUUUAGUGUUUAAGGUGUUCUUCUUUAUGAAUGACUAGAAUUAUAACCCCUCGAUAAUGUUUCUCUAUCUAUUGACUUAGGUUUAGAGAACGUUUAAUUUUACUAAAUCUUUCUAUGUUCAUUCCAGGUCAAUUAUUUCCCGUCAAGGUAUGACCCUGUUCGUCAUGCUGAGAGGCACCCAAUACCUCCUCCCGUCUUGACUGGAAGACGUGACCGGGUGAGUUUCUAGAAUUAAGGUUAAUUAUGUAAUGAUUGGAUUGUAUUACAUGUGUAGAUAUAAGAAUGUGGAUGCAUUUUUUUCUUUCUAGCCGUUGCUUCCAUCCACUUAAUAGUCGUUGUGCUACCCCAAAAAUGUUAUGUGAACAUGUCAGUGUGUGGUUUUUAGAAGUGUUUAUUGUGUCAUACAAGUCACCGUCUUGGGUAGAGUAAGUUCCUCAAGUAAAGGACAGAAAUUUUGGUGAAUGGUAUCUGAUAUUAUUGCGGGUAGGAGCGUUUCAUAUGUUGCAAUAGAAACAGAAAUCUGGAGGUUUCUUAUGUACAGUGUUCUAUAUGUUGCAAUAUAAAUAGAUGUCUGGAGUUUUUUUAUUUGUCUAUUAGAGGUCUGCAAAAGUUGGUCUUGUUUUAUAACAAAAGGCAUGUUUUCUGGUUUGUACAGUGCAUUAUCGAGAAGGAGAACAACUUCAAGCAACCUGGAGAGAGAUACCGUUCCUUUGAUCCUGAGAGGUACUGGGUUUGUCACCCUAUUAAAGCUCUUGAUGUAUGACACUUGAAUGCGUAUGCAGACAUUCUCACUAAUGCUAUCUUUCUCAGGCAAGAGAGGUUCAUCAAACGAUGGGUUGACGCUUUAUCUGAUCCACGACUCACCCACGAAAUCCGCGCGAUUUGGAUCUCAUACUGGUCUCAGGUCUAGUUUCCUUUCCCCUUUGCCUUUUCUUCUCUUUCCUCACCUGAUGUAUUCACCAUGAUUGAUGUUAUUGCUGAUUGUGGUAAUUUUUGUGGAGGAAAAUGGUGGAUUUUUUUUUUUUUACAAAUGGCAUUUAAGUCAGAUAAUACUAGUCAUUUACAAACGGCAUGAUAUGAUAUCGGAUCAUCGAAUACUCAUAUUUUGCUGUGUCUUGCAGGCUGACAAAUCUCUUGGACAGAAACUUGCCUCACGCCUGAACGUGAGACCAACAAUGUGAAUGACAUGACUAUACUGUGUACUUUAGAGACCCUAAUGCUUUUCAGGGUUGGUUGUCGGUUGAGUGGUUUGAGGCCUAAUGGCGUCCUUGGUGGUUCUGUUUGUUGUAUUCGUGUAAGAAAUGAGAACAAGUCUACCCCUGUAUAACUUGUUACAGAUUUUUUCGGAUCUUUUAAUGAAAAUAAUAAAAUCAGUCCUUUUUGUGCAAAACGAUCCUUUUUGGGCCAAAGCCUAAUUAUGGAAUGAUCAUGACUCGGCUCAAGUAGUCCUUUUGGAAGUCUAUUUUACAUGAUGUUGAAUUAUGGGGGGACUUUGGAUAUGCUCUUCAACAAUGCUGCUCGUAUUUAUGCUAAUCUUCUUCCAUCAGGUCUUGCAAUAAUAGUCAAAAAAGUGAACUUGUGAAAUCAGCAAUUGUAGAAAGGAGUAAGAAACAUAACUCAGCUCAAGUUCGUCCUUUCAGGGUAAUUGUUAUGGUUGGUUUUUUUUUUUUUAAUUGGGUUUAUUAAUUUGACUUUUAAGUGUUAGUCGAUAGUAUAUAUGCUCUUCUGUGUAUCUCUUUAUUCUGUUUUACUUUUCUUCUUGUCUUCCGACUUUUUUACAAGGGGAAGAACCCAACUCUUUAAUUCUUUUCCCCUACAUCCAAUCCGUUAAACAUUGCUAAAUGAACUGCUCUCUUUGUUUUUAUUCUAUAAAAUAUAUUUUGAUUUGUCCUAACUUCUUCUAUUGAGAAAUAAAAUUUUAAAAAUAUUUGAUAAUAAUCGAGAAAACACAAUAAUUGUGACGAUAUGAUUUAUAUAAAGUUUUAUUUUGAAUCAGAAGAACGUAUUAAAUAAAAUCUAAG